AUGGCAAAGGUUCACCACAGCCAAGCACUGUCUGAACCUCCUCUAAAGCCCUGGGUGUCUCUACAGAGGGAUGGUACAGUGUUGUGUGGCCACUGCACAUGUGAAGCAGGCCUGGGAGAGAGUGUUAUCGUUAUGCCCCUAACAGAGCUGUACGACCCUCGACACCGUAAGUCUGCUUCUGAGCGAAUGGUGAGAUGUGAGGAUGCUUUCAUCGACACAGGUCACACCCGAACAGGCAGUACAAGUGGAGGAAGAGACACGACAACAGGGACAGUCAAAGCUAUGGCUUGA